CUUUUCGAACAUUACAAAAUACUUGUUCGACAGCUCGAUACUUAAUAGAUAAAUAUAAUGUAGCACCAUUACAUGCUGUUAUUUGGGGAUUAUUACGUAAUUACACAAUGUGUAUUACAAAUUUAGAGGAAAAAACAAAAAUUAUAAAAAUAUUUAACGAACAUCUGCAUUUACCAUUUUUUAUGAAAAAUAAAUUUAACUUUGUUAAACAAAUUAUUCAUGGUUCUAAAAGUCAACUUGAUCUUGAAAUUGAUGAAUUAACUGACAUAGUUAGUGAAGCUGAAACGUUAAUUUGUGAUGCAAUGUGUGUUCUUGUUAUUAAAUUAGUAGAACUUCAAAUAUCUACUAAUGAUGUUGGAGAUUUUAUUCUUGGAUUUAUAAAUAAGGUUUUAUUAAAUCAACGACCAUACUUAAAGAAUGAACUCGAUAAACUCUGCAAAUUAAUACAGUCUACCUCGGGUCCAUUAUCAAAUGAAGCGAAAAUAGAAAUUUUAAGUGUUAAAACACGUGAAUUACUGUAUGGUGAAAUAACAGACAAGAGAAUUGAAAUGUUAUCAAUACAAAUUGAACGUUGUGGAAAUAAAUUAUAUAUUAAAUUACAUAAGUUCAUUCAAGAUCUUGCAAUUUUUGAUUUAGAAAAACAAGCUAAAGUAUUAAAAAGAAUUAUAAAUAUAUUUCAAAUUUUUGGAAACUUAUUUGAGAAUAUUAAAUUUCAACGGUCGGAGGUUUUUUAUACAAAAGAGCUUUGGUAUAAAACACAAAUAUUAAUUCGUAAAAUAAAUUCAUGCAAUGUUGUUUUACCUUCGAUUCAGACGAUUAGCCGAAGUUCUCUUCUUCAAUUUUAUGACCUUUUACAACAAUUAUUUGAUACACUGGAACAACGAAGUGGUGGAUUUGCAAUUCAGCAUGCAUUAAAAAAGCCACUUAUUACAAUAGUUACUAAUUUAGAAAACAUUUUAUCAAAAAUUAGAGGUUUGUAUAAUAAAUUUAGACAAUCAGACAAUACAGAUAUGUAUCAAUUAAUUCAGCAAACUCUCAAUCAAUUUUUAAUCGUUGCUGGUUGGUGUGCGGUGAUGUGGAAAACUACUGUUAUCACAUUGAAACAACAGACAAAUGUUUAUUGUGUUGAUGCAAGAAAAAAUUUAUUGUCCAUUGCACAAUUUCGAGUAUGGGAUAUUAAAUUAGCAAUGUGGAAAUGUUUACCAGAAGCUAUAGAAAAGCUUGAAAUAGCAGCAGCUGCUAUUGCAUCAGAUGAUAGAAUUCGUUAUGAUGAAUGUACAAAGUCAAUCCGAUCGAUACGAAAUGUUUUACAAACAGAGUCAUUGAAGAAUAUUCAACGACAGUCAAUGAUAAAACAGAUCGAAACACAUGGAAAAUGUUGUGAUUGGUUACAACGAUUAAUUUAUGAUUCAUCUGCAGGACAUUUCAUUUCACUUGAAUACGCUUUGAAUGAAAACUUCAAUGUAUUUUUGGAAAAUUUUGAAGCAAACGAAAUUGAUAGCCCAUUUUCGCUAAUAUGGAUUGGACUCUUUUUUACUUCGAUAGCUAAAAGUGUACCUAGUAGAGUUUAUGUACGUAUGAUAAAUUCUAAUUUAGAAACUCUUCAAGAAAGAAAUGAUCAACAAUUUAUAGAUUGUGUAUUAGAAAAAGAUGAUGGACUUGAUCUUACAUUUUGCAUUGAUACAGAAUCAAUUGAGUCAAGAAUUAUAUUAAGCAUUACACAAUUUAACAAAUCAAAGAAAGAAGCCAAUCAAGCUGUUUUGUUAUGUAAUGUUGAUGAUUCAUUUUCGUUGCUGAAUAUUCUUAGUGCACCAUUUAAAGCAGUGGGUGCUUCAAUUUCACAAAAUCAAUUUGAACCACCAAUUUUAAGUCAAGAUUUACUCUUAGAACAAUCUAAAGAAGGUUUGAAAGAAAAAAUUUCACUUAUGUUAACCACAAUUGCAUCUUUUGAUUGGAAUUCGCAUACAUUUAACGUUCAGACAAUCACUUCACAACAAACUCAUCAAUGUCAGAAAGAAAUGGAAAUAUUAUUUGCAGAUUUAUUGAAUAAACUUUCUUCUUCUGCAGUGAAAUAUUCGAAUUCAAAAAAUAAUGGGCUGAUAGUUCAUGAGUUGCUACAUACAUUAAAUAACACUAUUAAUAGUUUAUAUAAGACUCAACGAGGGGAAUUGAAUAAUAAUGCAUUGAAAACUAUUUCAGCCGAAAUAGACAACAAAGCAAAAAUGUUUAAACAAAUCUCAUCAAUUAGAUCAGAAAUAAUCAAUGAAAUAACUGAACGUUGGAAAACAUCACUCCUCGAUCGUAAAUUAUUAAAACGAGUUUUACAAUUACCAAUGGAAGUUAGUAAUACCAUUCCAUUUGUCUCUAAAGAAAUUCAAAAUAUUGCCCAGAGUCAAAAAGUUGAAAUAGAUAAGAAAUUAGAAACACAAAUACAAUUGAUAGAUUCAAUAAAUCAUUUAGUAACCGUUUUUGUUAAUAAAGCAUAUUUAAUUGCAAUGAAUAAUGAUUCUAUCGAUAAACAACAUAGUCAAUCACAAGUCGAAUUCUUAUCAAAAGUUGUUGAAGCUAUAUGUCAUAAUUGGUGUAUCGAAUUACAAAUAACAAAUGAAGAUAAUCUUCAACUUUAUAUUAAUGAAGCAGGAGAAUUGGAUGAAUCUUCAUUUUAUAAAAUGUACGAUAUCAUCGAUCAAGUUAAAAGCAUUCUGAAAAUUGACGAUAGCACAAUUAAUUAUACUAAUAUACAUACAGCAAUUAACGUUGCUAUUGAAAUUUGUCAAAAUGAUUCGAAAAAAGCUGAUAAAAGUGAUCCAAGUAUUCGUAACGACCGACAACAAUCUACGCUAGAUGCAUUCAAAAAUUCACUUUUAAACAAAUUGUGUGAAGCAAAAAAAUUGUUAGAAAAAAUUCUAGUAGAAGCUCGUCAAAUACGACCAUAUCCAAUCUUGAUGAUUGAACUAGCUCUACAAAAGCUAGCAAAUAUUGAACAUUGGAUCGAUAUUUUGAAAAAUAGAAAGGAUUUAUUGAAAACAGAUGAAGAACAAAUUUCUAUAUUAAUAAAUGCUGUAAGUUUGACAGAAGAAAAAAUUAAAAAUCUUAAAUCUCAUAGCAAAAGUAAAUUAGCACAACUUUAUAAAAUCGUACAACGAGUAAAUGAUUACGCCCAGGAUAUGAAUCUUUGUCAAAUAAUCGAAAAAUUGCAUUUAUCAGAUAAAGCUAAUAAUGUUGAUGAAUCAACAAUUAAGAAACUAGAAACUUCUCGUCAAGAACUGCGAGGACUAUUUGACUUAUCAGACGAAAUCAAAAUAUUGGAAAAAACUGAUUAUUUGACACAACUAAUCGAUGAAUCAUAUGCAGAUUGGGGAUGGUGGCAGUUAUUAAAUAUGUCUGUAUUGUGGUUGCAUUCUAAAACACCUGAAAAUCUUGAACAAUCUCAAAGUAAAAAAUUAUACGCAGUGGCAGCUACUUUAAAUGAUAAAGUGGCUAUGGAAUUUUAUCAAAGAAAUCUAAUCUCUGAACAACGUACUACAUUUAAUGCAAAUGAAAUUAACAAGCUAUUUGAAAUUAUUGUACAUGAGCAUUCAAACCAUGUCAUUCAACUUGGAAGUCAAUUAAGAAAAAAAUUUAAUGAAAACCUAAUUACUACUACUUGGAAUGAUAUAAACACUGCUUGUCAGCCAAUUGCGAAAAAAGAUAUAGAAAAGGAAUUGAAUUUUGUCAAUUUAUUUCGUUUUGUUGAAAUUCUUCAUAAUCGCAAACGUGAUUUAGACAACAUUACGAGUAGUUUUCCUUGGCAUGCAUCACAUAUAUUACAACCGAGACUUUUACGUUGUUCAGAUUUGAUGACUUGGCUAUGUCCAGAAUAUUUAAAUGCUAUUUCAGGAAUUGUUAUGAACGAAAUCAAUGCAGAAUUGUUUAUUCAAGAUUUAGAAACAUCAAAGCCGAGCUUAACUUUUGAACAAAGAUCAGAUCUUUAUGAGCCUCGUUUUAAUGAACCAACUAGUAAAUGGCAAAGCAAUGCGUAUAUAAUUCGCAAAACUAUAGAAAAUCCAACUUCAACAAAUUUUAUAAUUUCUUCUAAUCAAGUAAAAUUGAUAGCUGAUUUUUUAUUGAAUUUGUUAAUAGAAACAAUUACAAUCUCAAAUGAUAGUGGAACAAAAAAAACACCAUUUUUAUCUUUACAACAUAAUAUACCUUUGGAGAUAAUUCUUGGGCUUUCUAUGGCCAAUAUUGUAAUCUAUUUCUAUGAAAAUACUGUGCAUAUGGAACAGGAAAAAACAUGUGUGCGACUACCUAAAGAAACUUUACAUGAAGCAAAUCUCAAACUAUGGGAAGAAUUAAAGAAAACUGAAGAUGAAGAAAAAGGAAUUCAGACAACAAUACACUCUUUAGAUCUUGAUAUAAAAGAGACAAGAGUUAAGAUACGGAUUGAUCAAGAUCUUAAAGCUGCGGGUGCAUCAGGUCUUGAGGAAGGUCCUGAAGAGUUCAAAGACAGUAUCCUUACAACUAAGAAUUUAGACCAAAUGAUUAGUGAAAAAUUACAACAAAUUUCUAAUUUAUAUUCUAAAGUAGAAAAUAUUUUACAAAAAUUAGAAAAUAAUGAUCCAUUACGAAUAUUUAUUGAUUGGACGCUAGCAUCUAUACUAGAAGGAUUAAUAUGUAGUACUACAAACAUAAAAGUGUACGAUAAAUGGCAAACAAAUUUUAAAAAUGAUCAAUCGUAUAAAACUGCACAGACAUGUCGUCGAAUUAAGAAAUUUUUAAGAGAAACAAUUGAAAAUGCAAUAACGACUGAUUUUAAUGUUUCAAUUGUAUCAGAACUUCUAGAGAAAUCAAUUGAAAUGUAUAAAAUAUGGGACACUGAAAUAGUUAAUAUUUCACACUCAACAUGUGACAAUCAUAUUUUAGAACGAUUUGUACAUAUGAUUCAACGUUUUAUAUUGCAAUGCGUAGUUUGUCUAACAACUCUAGCAAAAUUUUAUGGAAUAACGUUAAAAGAUGAACAAGAAAAAAUAUCUGAUUAUACAAAACAAAUUUUAUUGUCAACUAAUAGAAGUCAAUAUAAGUGGAUUGAUUCUGGUAAAGAGUCAGAUCUAUUAGCAGCUAUCGAUGGUUUACGUCAUCAACUUCCACAAGUGCAAGCUGCUUUAUCAAGUGUAUUUAUAUCAACAACAACUGGAAGUCUAUUAUCACCACUCUUACUUAAGAGUGAUUUGGAUCAAUGUCUCUUCGAUAUUGGUGAUACAGUUUUACCAUCUGCAUAUUUAUUGAAAAAUUUUAGUGAAAAGUGUUUACUUUCAUUUGUGGGACAUGAUAUUUCACAAAUCAGUAAAGUUUAUUCAAAAGAUAUUGUCGUUCUGAUUCAUAAAAUGAUUGAAACUACGAGUAAAAUUGCCAAGAUUGAAAUGAGUAUAUCGAAAGUAGAUGCAGCGGUCAAUGUCAUUCAACAUAUCGAUAUUUUAUUACAAUUCAUUCAAACUGGAAAAGAGCUAGAAUUAGUUGGUCGUAACGCUCGUCCCGAAUUACCAUGGAAUGUUUUAAAUAGAGCGUCUGACAUUGUUGGUCGUGAAAUAUUGAAAUCAGCGACUGUAGCAACUGCGAAAACGUUUUCGGCAAACAUUUCUAAAGUAAUUGCAUCUUCGAAAAUAAUUGCUUCAUAUGUACACAGAAAUGAAAAUACACCAGGUCAACAGAUUUCCGAAAGAGACACCAAUGGAUCGUGUAAAUUACGUUAUGCUUCAUUACGCCUAUGUGAUAUUGCUAGAAGGUCUGACUAUUUAAAGCAAUUACUCUGUCGAGAAAAUGAGUUGUCCGACUUAAGAUCAGAAUCUAAUUUACAGGAUCAGUUUGAAAAGUUACAUGAAGCAGCUGUUAUACUUGAUAAAACUGUUAAAACAACAGGAUGUCUACUCGUUGAUCUAAUGGAUUGUUUUAUUGAACGUGAAUCAUUACGUUGCAUUACCAACAAUUUUAAUAAUUUUGUCGAAAAAGUCACCAUAGCUAUGACAACAGAACUUCAGAAUGAAGAAAAAGCUAAAGAAUUGGUGUUAGAUACUAUAAAAUUGGCAAGAGAUUUUGAAUCAGAAAGUAUAAUGAAUGAAAUUAAGAAAUCACAAUGGAUAAAGAUGGAAAAAUACUUAGAAGAUGUGAAAAAGACAUGCACACAAAUCGAAGAAUUCCAUAAUCAAGCACAACAAUGGGAACAAACAUGCAAAGACGAGCUAAAUAAAAUAAUAAAAUGCCGUGAUAAAGCUCGAAAAUGAACUAUUCGCGGAACAACAUCCAAUGAUCUAAAGCAAGCACAACAACAGAUACAUACUAAUUUUGCGUUUAUGAAAGCAUAUAAUAACGAUAGAAUAGUCGAAAAUCGAAUUCAAAUACAAUUCUUAAAACGUGCAGCAGAAAAAAUUUUCAAGCGUAAACAUGAAUUAGUAAUGCGUUUAAAGAAAUGUUGCAGCUAUUUAACUGUAUGUCAGCCACAAACUUUUGACAUUUUACCUGCCAUCAACAAUAUAGAUAGUGAUGCAUUUGAAACGAUUGCAUUUGUUCAUAGAAAGAAUAAUUCUUGGCAUAUGGAACCAAAAGAACUUUCUGCUGAUUUCGGCACACGAUUCAUAUCAAUUAGACGAAAUAAACGAUUAAUGAUAAAUUUUCUUAUAAUUAAUGCUGAUAGUAUACCGAUUUCUAUAAAGUGUACUGGAGAGACAAAGGAAAAUUUGUCAUUUAUACCACCAUCUUUUGAUGUUCUACCUGGAGAUUCCAGAUUUUUUUCUGCUAUUUUCACCAUAUCAGCACAAGAAUGUAGAUUGAUGACAACUGGAAUAAUUGCUGUCAAAGCGCGUGCUGGUAAUGAUCAACAUAAGCCGAUAGGCAAUCUAAAAGUAACAGGUAUUGUCGUGUAUUCAAAAGUUGAAUUAUCAGAAAAAACAAUUGAAUUUGGCGACUUAGUUUGUGGAAGUGGUAUUCACAAUAAAAUUUUGACGAUAAAAAACAAUGGUAGUCUGCAAACUAGGGUACGUCUUGGUGUUAAAUGUUUAAGAGAAUGUUUAUCUGGAUUAGAAGUUUCACCGACAGAAUUCAUAGUUGCUUCAAAAUCAACAAGUAGAGUCAGCAUUAUUUUGCGUUGUGCAGAUCAAAUGGAUGAAUUGCAAGCAGAAUUAAUCGCAGUUUCCGAUGGCGCUGAUCCGCAAAAACUACCGAUAACAGCCAGUAUUCAAGAGCCAGAAUUCAGAAUUCAUUUACCAUUUUCAAACGAUCAUUUGGAAAUAGGAGAUGAAAUAAAUCUUGAUGUUCCAUUAAAUGAAGCUCGACUUGUUACAUUUAUAAUUAAAAAUUUGAGCAAUAUGGAUUUACAUGCUAUUACAUAUAUUCCAAAGGAAAAAAAAUAUUGGAUGAAUAUUAUCGAGGAUAUUAUUACCAUAAAAAAGAAGGGACAAGCAGAAAUUCAUCUGUGGAUUUAUGGAAGAAAGAAGACAAGUUCGAAGAGUUUCUUAAAACUAUUAAUUGGUUCGAAAGAAACAAAACUGAAGAUUUGUAUAAUAUGUGGUAAAACAGAUAUAAUAGCAAGUCUAAAACCAGACGUUAUUUCUUUAAAUGCUGAUUUCUAUUGGCUUGAAAAAGAACAACUUCUCGAAAAUAAUCGAUUGUUACCUAUUAAUUCGACGUUAGAAAUUCAAAAUAAAGGACUAACAACAUGUAUGACACAAGUUAAAUUAAUAGAAUCAUCAAGUGCUUUUAAAAUGAUCGAACAAAAUAAUUCUUCAGUAAAUAAUAAUGAUAAAACAGUUGAUAUUCAACUUUCACCAAAUAUGAAAAAGUCAUUGUCCAUUUCAUCUGAUUUGCAUCGUUUUGAGAAUGGUAAAAUCAAAUGUAAUAUACAAAAUCAAGAUGGAACAACGAAGACUAUUGAAUGUGAUAUAAAUAUCAAACAAGGUCGAUUAUUUUGUAAAAACUAUUGGAAAGAUUUUGGAGAGAUGGCAUUUAAUCAACAAUAUGUUUUCGAAACGGAACUUACAGCAAAAGGUGAUCCGGUACAUUUACUUGUCAAUUAUUUUCCUACAUCACAUUCUGCAUUAAAAAGUGUUUCUGUCAUGAUCAAUGAAAAAUCCAUUAAACCUGCGACAGAUAUAUACAUGCAUAGAACAUUAGAUGAAUUUAUCGCAUAUAACAAAAAUCAGGAGAUUAUUAUUCAGUCUGAAUCUAGUGUUACCCUAAAGGUUAUUAUUAAAUUAAAAGAUUUUGUUCAAACAUCAAACGAAGCAUCUAGAUUUUUACAGGAAAUACAAGUAAUUUCUCUGCGAGAAAUAUUUCUUGGUCUUGAUCAGAUGGUUUAUAAAUAUCGUCCAUUCUGUUUUUUGAUAUCAGGUACAAUAGGUACAUCUCAAUCAAAUAUCACGUAUUCUGAUGUUGUGUUCAAAACUUUGAACGAACUAUUUACUAGUAUAGCAUUGAUCUCUUGGGACACAUUAGCAUGUGUAUUAGAUACAUAUCGAAGCUCAACAAAGACCAAUGAGAAGACAAAAGCUUUACUCGAGAUUAACCACAUACUUCAAAACUCAUUUCACAACAAACCAAUACUAACUGAAUCGAAUGUAGGCGAACUUAUCGAUGAAAUACGAAAAUCUAUUUCAGGUAUAAAAUUAGCGCAUUAUUUCAUUCAAAAGGUCAUUUACACAUGGAAUAUUCAUCCGGUUAUAACACUACCAUUAUCACAAGAUACGAUCGAAGAUUCACUCGGUUUAGCAGCUGCAUGUUUAUCAACUCAGCUAAUUAAAUCAGAUCAACAAGAAUGUCAAUUCAUUGAUAUAUUGUCCUUACUUCGUGUUACGACAAAGUUUAAUCAAUCUUCAGAACUAUCAUUUAAUCAAAUGAUAACAAUACUUAAUGCUACUUUAAGACCAUCAUCAAAAUUAUUUGAAAUAUUUUCGAAUUUUUUGAGUUACGGUUUUAAAAUUCUUACUGCUUCAGUAGACAAGGAGUUAGACUAUAUUGUACAGGAAUGGCCAUGGAAUACAAAUAUCUUGAAACAAACAGCAAUUUCAACUUCCAGGGCAAUAUCAGCAUUAUUUUUUGACCAAGACAAAAAUAAACACGAAAAUGCAGAAAACGCUAUUGAAGAUAAUUUAGCAAGUUUUUUCAACGUAUUCAUACAACAACUAGAACCUGACUUAAGUUUAUUAUGGAAAUCUUGUUUAAAUUUGAAUACAGCAGAUACAAUUUCAAUAUCUGAAUCACUGCAAAUAAUAUGUAAUAUGAUACCAGAAAAUUUUCAAGUGAGACAAGAAGCUUAUCUACUUGCAGAUAUUGCUAAAAUAUUGUUAAACUAUCGUGCACUUCCUGAACAGUCAUUCGAUAAACUCACAAAAUAUUCAAUCGAUCUUCUGGAUUGUCGAACUGAUGAAAUUCGUGCUAUUUGGAAAGAAAAGAAGCCUCGAUGGCAAGAUUGCAUCAUUAAGUUAAUUGAAUAUAUUUUCGAUCCACCAUUUGUUGUAAAAAGUUUACUUACAAAAACUUAUAGAUUGCCAAUGGAUGAAGAAGAACUAGAAAAUGAUAUUCGUCGAGCAGUUGGACAUCAGAUUGAAGACGCAUAUAUAAAAAAUACAGCAAAAGAAUUGUUCAUACUCAAGGAAUCAUUAACAAAUGAAAAUAGUUCAAACAUAAUUAAUACUACGAAUAACUUUAUUAUACAUUGCAGAAAAAUUGGUUUAAUAGCAUCAUCAGAACGAAUCAUUUAUAUAAAUCGAGCAUUAUUAGCAGUAGAAAAAUUGCACAACUAUUCUCAAACAUAUGAUUAUUCAGCGAUUGAUAUUUGGUUUGAAUUAGUUAUCUUAUGUGGAUGUAUAUCAGAUAAAUGGCGUAAAACACCUUUAUGGUAUGCGUCGGAAACAUUAUUUCAAUUCACCAAGAAUCCUUCGAUUGAAAACACUUUAAAUAUUUUUAUUCAAGGUCUUUCUCAUAUAGCACAAGAAAACCAUUGUACUGAAUUUAUUGACCGAUUCCAAUCUAUGGUAUCAUUUUCUCAAAAGAACUACAAAGGUAAACUUGAAACAAUUUUUGCUGCUUUUGGUUGGCCAUCAAAUGAAGUUAUUAAUGCGAGAAACGAAUAUGAUUUCCUACAAUCACUUACAAAAGUAGCAUGUAAAGAUAUUUCUAUAGUAGCAAAAUCAAUACUUUCUUUAUGGCAAAAUUAUAAAACUUUGUCAACUAUAACAUCAAUAAGUGAGCGUUUUCAAUCAGUUUUCUUUACUAUUAUUGAAGUAGCAAUAAAUGAAGGUCAUCAAAUAUGUGAACAAGAUUUGAAACAACUUGUUCAUGCUAUCAGUUUAUAUGUAUAUGAACCAAAUAACCAACUUUUAAAUGCAAUUCGUUCUUCUUCUUUGAUACUUACUGCCGUAAAUCUUCAUCAAAAUUUAUCAAAAAAUCAAGAUACACAUCUUAUACCUAAUCAUGAUAAUCAAAUUUUUCGCAAACCUAGAUUUUUUAGAGAAAGUUCAAUUUCUUUCGAUAGAGAAAAAUUAUCGAAAUACAAACCUUCUUUUUCUUUUCAAAAUGAAAUAUAUGAUAAUCCUAAUCAAUGGUUAAAACAUAUGAUAAAACAUGAUGAAGUACAGUCGAAUGUUAUUGAGUCAAUAUCAACAAUAACGCUUUCAAUGGAUAAAACUGAAAAUAAUAAUCCUGAUUCUGCUGGUUCCAAUAAACGAUAUGAAAAUGCUGAAAAAGAUGCCAAUGAGGUAUCUGAGACUUUAAAACAAAUUGAAACAUAUUUUUCUAAUUUAUCGAUCGAUAGAAAUUUGACAGAAGAGUAUUUACUUGAUAGUCUUAUUCAGUUAUCUGUGAUUGUUUCGAAAUGGUCACGAAGUUUUACAAAUAUUUGUUCUCUUAUUCAAAAUGAUAAGCAAAUUAAUGAUAAAAAUAACAAAUUAGCAUUUCAAAUUAUAAUUGAUGGAAUAAAUUUGUUAAGAUAUUUAUUAGGAUUAGAAACAAACUUGGCUAUAUUUGUUAAUGAUCCAUUAACACAAUUUGUUCAAGAACAAAUAAACAUAUUGAAAACAAAACUUUCAUCAUUACCAAUUCAUAUGUUAUCUGAAGACCUUUCAGUUAUAUUUCAUGAUUUACGUCUAUUUAAACGAAAGACUGAUGACGACGAUGAUACUAAUUUAGACUUAGUUGGAAAUAUAUUCAAAAAGACUGAUAAAACCAAUCUCAAAACUGGUUUUGAUUUUGAUGAUCCAUUUGAACAUUUGAGACAUGGAGAACAAGAGAAAAUAUUCGAAAAGAUUGAAAAC